AUCGUUGAAUUCAAUGACCGGACACUGGAGUCAAGCGAUAAGAUGCUGUCGAGUGGCAAAUGGGAAGACGUUGUCUGCUAUAAGAAGAAUCGCGUUUUGUGUCAGAAAUACGUGGAAUUGAAUCACAUAUCUGUGAAGAAAGCGCUCUUCAAAACUCAAACACAAUUGAAUUUUAUCACAAAAGCCUUCAAUGAAUUUCGACAGAGAAGUGAAGAGUUGUUUCACCGAAAACUCAACGAUUUUGAAGAAGAAUUUCAUUUAUUUCAAGAAAAAACCAAAUAUAUUGAGUCUAAAUUGGAGGUCAUUAACAACAAAACUGAUAUAUCAUUGAGAGAGACGGCGGCCGCAGAGUUUUACAUCAGAGAGUUUAUCGAUAAUCCGGUGCCGUUAGGUUUUGUUUACGUGCAAUUGCCGGGACAGCCCGAGCCCAGCAUCUUAUGGCCAGCGGUCCAGUGGUCAAACAUUACCGACACUUAUAGCGGGCUAUUCUUCCGGGUGUUUGGCAACAGUUCUGACCCGUUCUCUGAGAUCCAAGAGGACAGUGCGCCCAGACUUACGGCUGUUGUAUCGCAAGUGAAACAAAAAUCAGGAAAUCGUAAUUUUAACGAACAGUUGCGACCGAACGACAAAUGGAGUAAAGAUUUGUACACCGGUUCUGAUGGCGGAGACGACAACUAUUACAUGUCUUUUAAAUUAUCUUCCGUUUUGAUUAUAUCGCUCACUACAAUCUCGGCGCGACAUACUUAUGGUGUAUACGGACCUAAUGGGGCGGCUAAUGGAGGCCCUAAUGGUGGCGGUAAAGGGGGUGCAAAUGCUAAAGAAAAUGGACGUGAAAAUAGUGCUUCAAAUAAUUCCCUUGAUAAUCAAAUGGAUAAGCGAUUACUAGUUGUGGUUUGUGUGGUAUUGUUGGUCAGUAUAGUGGAGGUGUCGGCCGACGGCCCUCUCAAUGAGAUCAGUUGUGGAAUGGAAUGUAUGAAAUACCAGUCGUGCAAGUUCUCCAUUCUGGCCAAAAACGACUGCUCGCCUCCAAAGAACUGCAACUGCGGUCUAAUCGGCAAAAAGAAAUGA